UUGCCUUAAUCUUAUUGUUAUUUUAGUACCCGUAGUGCAUUCAGUCGGUCGCCUGUUUUCUGUGAGUUUAGUUUCCUAAUUUCGUCGUACUGCGUCGGUGCGGCGCCACUGGAGUAGUGUUGUUGUUUUGCGCGGGAACUAGUUGGGUUUAUAAGACAACGUGUGUUGAACUAUUUUGACUCAUCCGUUGUGAACAUCUAGGGAGCAACCAUGUAUAGGUCAGUAGCAGUGUUCAUUUGCAUGAGCUUCGUCUCCGCAGCCCCACAAGACUCUAGCGACUUCAACUACGUAAAUCCUUCAUCGGAACCACGCCAAAUACAGUUUGAUUUACCCAACGAAUCUCUAGAAGUCUCUACAACAAGCAGAGAUAAUCUAUAUAAAGAAUUCACAAAUACAGAAACCACUGGUAUAGAUUCAAAAGAAAUUAAUAAUGCUCAGUCUACUGAUAAUCAACAGUAUACUAAAAUCAGUACUCCAUACUUAACAACAGUGGAGACUACAGAUAAAAUAUACGCACCAGAAAUCAGUUCAACAACUGAGGUCCCGCCAAAAAAGUUACCUUCGCAGAGGUUCAUCUCGAAGUUGGGUUAUUUCAAGAACUCUGAAAAAUUCGGAGCCUCCGGACAAAUAAAUUUUAUAGAGAGAACAGGCAAAAGGAAAUUCAAGUCCCGUUGUCGAUGCGAGAAAAUUACUAAUUGUCCAAAAUUACAAAUUACGGUUCCUAGGUGCCCUGAAGAGUACUUUUUAUGCUGUUUUUGAAAUCAUGUGUAAACUGUAAAGUAUGGUUGAAUUAUUGUUGUGUCGUAUAUUUAUUUAAGUAUUCAACUAACGCUAAUGACUCAGAUAAAGAGAGAUGAUGGCAUUUUGCGUACAAAACACUAAAAUCGUGUUUAUAUUUAUUAUUCAACAAUAUAAUAAAACGGGAUGAAGUGCCCAUUUAAUAAAACAACUUAUGAACAGUUUUAAGUAGUGGAAUUUCUAAAAUGAUAAAACAUGAAUGGAUCCGAAAAAAAUAAAAGUUGUUUUAUUAAGGGUAUACCAAUAGUACCUGUACCAAUAUUGAAU